GGGGCGGCCGUAGUGUCCCCGGCCCCACCCUGGCCCGGCCCCGCCCCGCCCCGGAGCCGCCCUGGACUCUAGGCGCAGGAGGGACUUGGCCCAGCCGCCCGCGGCGCAGCGCUCCCCACGCUCCUGGCUGGUCCCCACAGGUGCCAUGAUGCAACAGCUCCAAGGGGACUUUGACCGGAGUGUGGAUGAUGCCCAGGCAUGGAUGAAGGAGGUGCAGGAGCAGCUGCAGAUCAAUGACAACACACAGGGGCCCCGAGCAGCCCUGGAGGCCAGGCUGCGGGAGACAGAGAAAAUCUGCCAGUUGGAGCCUGAGGGGCGUGUGAAGGUGGAGCUGGUCCUGCGGGCAGCCGAGGCCCUCCUGUCUAGCUGCCAUGAGGGCCAGAAGCCUGAGAUCCUGACCCGACUGAGGGACAUCAAGGCCCAAUGGGAAGAGACCGUCACCUACAUGACUCACUGCCACAGCCGCAUCGAGUGGGUGUGGCUCCACUGGAGUGAGUACCUGAUGGCCCGGGAUGAGUUUUACCGCUGGUUCCAGAAGAUGGUGGUGACUCUGGAGCCCCCAGUGGAGCUGCAGCUGGGCUUGAAGGAGAAGCAGUGGCAGCUGAGCCAUGCCCAGGUGUUGCUGCACAGCGUGGACAACCAGGAGGUGCUCCUGGACCGGCUGCUGGAGGAGGCGGGCUCCCUGUUCAACAGGAUUGGGGACCCCAGUGUGGACGAAGAUGCCCAGAAGAGGAUGAAGGCCGAGUACAAUGCUGUGAAGGCCAGAGCCCAGGACCGGGUAAACCUGCUGGCACAGGUGACCCAGGAGCAUGAACAGUACCAGGAGGGUGUGGAUGAGUUCCAGCUGUGGCUGAAGGCCGUGGUGGAGAAGGUGCACAGCUGCCUGGGGCGGAACUGCAAGCUGACCACAGAGCUCCGCCUCUCCUCACUGCAGGACAUCGCCAAGGAUUUCCCCAGGGGCGAGAGGUCCUUGAACAGGCUGGAGGAGCAGGCUGCGGGUGUCAUUAAGAGCACCUCCCCUUUGGGUGCAGAGAAGAUCUUGGGAGAGCUGGAGGAGAUGAGGAAGGUUCUAGAGAAGCUUCGAGUCCUCUGGGAGGAGGAGGAAGGACGACUACAGGGCUUGCUCCAGUCCAGGGGGGCCUGUGAGCAGCAGAUCCAGCAGCUGGAGGCCGAGCUGGGAGUGUUUAGGAAGGGUCUUCAGAGGCUGGCCCAGGAGGGCCUGGAGCCCUCGGUGAAAACUGCCACAGAGGAUGAGCUGGUGGCCCACUGGAGACUGUGCUCGGGGACACGGGCUGCACUGGCCUCAGAGGAGCCUCGCGUAGCGCGACUGCAAACCCAGUUGAAGGAACUUGUCACCUUCCCUGACCUACAACCACUCUCAGACGGCGUGGUGGCCGCUAUCCAGGAGUAUCAGAGCACCUGGAAAACAGAGCAGAAUUACUGCGAGUUGCAAGCUAGCCUGGGCUGCAGAGCGGCUCUGUCGGAAAGUUCCCGCCUGAAAGAGCAAAUGGCGAUGCUGCAGCUGAAGACCGAUCUGCUGGGCAGCGUCUUCGGCCAGGAGAAAGCUGCCACUCUCCUGGAGCAGGUGGCGAGCUCUGUGAGGGACAGAGACCUGCUGCACAACAGCCUUCUACAGAGAAAGAGCAAACUGCAGAGCUUGCUCGCUCAGCACAAGGACUUUGGGAUGGCUUUCGACCCCCUACAGAGGAAACUCCUAGACCUCCAAGCCAGGUCCCAAGCAGAGAAAGGACUUCAGCGGGACCUUCCUGGAAAGCAGGCCCAGCUCCUGAGGUCGCAGGGGCUGCAGGAAGAGGGACUGGAUCUGGGGGCACAGAUAGAGGCCAUGAAGCCUCUUAUCCGGGGGAACACCAACCACCAGCACAAAGUGGACCAACUUUCCUCUGACCACCAGGCCCUACAGAGGUCCCUAGAGGACCUCAUGGACAGAUGUCAGGAGAGCGUGCAGGAGCACUGCACCUUUAACCACCGGCUGCUGGAGCUGCAGCAGUGGGUCACCAUGGCCAUGCAGAUGCUGGAGUCGCACCAGAGGGAGGUGCAUCCACGGGAUGCUGAGUCCCAAGAGGCUGGGGUUGAGAGGCUGCUGGCCGAAGUCCCAGAGAAGGAGGUCCAACUGUCCCUGCUCCAAGCACUGGGCCAGCUGGUGAUGAAGAAGUCUUCUCCUGAGGGGGCGGCUGUGGUCCAGGAGGAGCUGAGGGAGCUGAUGGAGUCUUGGCAGGCCCUGCAGCUGCGGGAGGAAAGCCUCCUGAGCCUCAUUAGAGACCAGCAGCUGCAGAGGAUGGAGGUGGACUCGGGGAAGAAACUGGUUUUCACUAACAACAUCCCAAAGGAGGGCUUCCUCAUCAACCCCCUUGACCCCCUCCCCAGGCGGCGGCGACAUGAUGCAAACCCACAAGAAGAAGUACACGGCCUCCAUGAGGAUUUCUCUCGGCUGCUGAGGGACUUUGAGCAGUGGCUGCAGGUGGAAAACUCUAAGCUAGUUAGAAUCAUUGCCAUGAGAACAGCCACAGCCAAGGACUUGAGGAUCAGAAAAACAAAGCUGCAGGAGCUGGAGGCUCGAAUCCCAGAAGGCCAGCAUCUCUUUGAGAACCUGCUUCAUCUCAGGCCAGCCAGGGGCCUCUCCAAUGACCUGGAAGAUCUGCGCUACCGCUGGAUGCUGUACAAGUCCAAGCUUAAGGACUCUGGGCACCUGCUGACGCAGAGUUCUCCGGGAGAGCUGACUGGAUUCCAAAAGAGCCGUCGGCGACGGUGGCGGGUCUGUUCGCUUCUGAGGAAGGCCUGCCGCGUGGCCCUGCCAUUGCAGCUGCUGCUGCUGCUCCUCCUUCUCCUGAUCUUCCUGCUGCCGGCCGGCGAGGAGGAGCGCAGCUGUGCCCUGGCCAACAACUUCGCCCGCUCCUUCGCACUCAUGCUCCGCUACGACGGUCCCCCACCCACCUAGCCCGCUGGGGCACACAGGUGACCUUCUGCAGCGUCCUGCAAUCCCAGGGCUUCGUCUGAGAGUGGCUGCUGGGGAAACUGGCCAUAGGUGGGCCAGAGACCCCCUAAGCAACCUGGGCACGAAUGCCACAGUUUUCAGAACAAACUUGCUUUUUAUAUGACAUCAUUUGUCUAUUUAUACCAGAUGUAUACUGUGUAUGGCUAGGGCAUAAUGUACAGAAUUUUUAUAGGCUAUGUGUACACAUGCUCGGUGUGGAUAACUUCAUACUUAAUGUCUGUCUGUGUUUGGGGAAGUCCUCCACAGGGUUUCUCUAAUGAGACUUUGUGACACCCGUGCCUUCACCUUCCAUCAGCCCUGGAAGGCAAGAACAAUCAUUACCCAGAAGUCCAGAUGUUAGUGAAGAGGCUCGGAGCUGUGAGUACAGCCCAGCAGAACUGGGCCUCCCUCAGAGCCCGGUGACUCACAUACGCACAGUGAAAACAUGGUGUGCGGCUGGUUUCAAGCCACAGAGACUUGAGCUCUGGGCUAGAAGGAGUGGUGAUGACCAGACACUGGCGCAGAGAGUGCAGCGAGGUAGUGGCAGAGGACACCAAGGGAGGAGUAGAAGAGCUGGAGGGAGUAGACAUAACCACAAGCCCAGUGGGGUGAUGGUCCUCAUGCCUGCCCCCCACUCAGCACCACUGACCAGUGCGAGAUGCUUGUGACCCUGAUGCCGAGUCCUCAAGAAGUAGUUUUGUUCUAGUGGACUUGAUUUUGAGAUUUCCAUGCGAGAGUGAAGUGCAGUCACUGUGUGUGGUGGCCUGUGACAGUCCCAGGAGGCUGGAGCCACCCGCUGCUGUUGGACUGUUCCCAUGUGCAGGCUUAGGGCAGAGUGCAAACACCUGCCCCUCUAGGGUCAGGGAUCAGGGGACCCAAGACAGCGGGGAGACUCGGCCUGUCUGGAGGGGUCUCUAACUUUCUAAGGAGGGGCCCUGCAGGUGGGCAGGUCCCAGGACUGGGCACAUCCCACUCACAUCCCCCACUGGACCCACGGCUCAAAUUCUGGCCUCUCCCGGCAGGCUCCAGGCAUAUCCAGAGACACCCAGGUGACUCCAGGUUGUGACCAAGGCUGGGAAUUCUGGGAUGGUUCUUAAGUGCUUUGAAGCAGGAUCAUGACUUCCCGAAACUGAUACUAAAUUGUUUUACUUUUAAAAAAUAAUUAACACCCUGUUUUACAGAUGAGUUUUAUUUGCUGGGGUGCUCUCAGGCCUGGUCAUCGCAUGCAAUCACCGUGUUAUAGACAGGCACUUUAAAUAGCUGUGGCUGAGGCCUUAUGAGGGACCUGACCCCCAGGUCACUGCACUCUGCACCAUACCAAGCCCUUCCUGUUUGGGUAUCAGGUGCCACUGGCUGUGGCUUUCACCUUAGCACAGCCCCUGGGAAGAGCUGGGCACUGGUGGGUAGGAGGCAGCACCCUGGGCUUCCUGGCCCUGGCUGUGGAAGCAUGCCUUUCUCCACAUCUGCGAACCCAGCCACAAAGUCUUCUGAUACCCCACUGCUCACCCAGUCAGCUGGUCCAGGACUAUCAGAAUGGGAGCAAGGGACACUGAACACUUCUUUUCCAUUUUCCCACUUCACAGGUAACAAACCUGAGGCCCAGAGAGGGGAAGUCAAAUAGCAAGAGGCUGCAAGGCCAGAGCUGGGCUGGUCACCUCGAUCCCUGGGUGGUGUCUUGUUCAUUAUAGCAUAACCCCCUUCCAUGUUCCCCUCCCCAGGAAGAAGAAACUGGACUGGGACAUGGCUUAGUGACAGAGCACUUGCUUGGCAUAUGUGAGCCCUGGGUUGCAUUCCCAGUACAAGAGAAAAAAUAGAAAAGAGAGAGAAGCUUACUAAGCAUGUGGUCAUAUCACAUGUAGUAUAUGCAAGGGAGGGGAGACGCUGCAAUACAAGGGUGGCAGCUGGAGAAUGUCUCUUUAAGUGUUGAUAACGAUGCCCGUGCAGUCUGCUUGUUUGCACAACUUUUUUACAGAGGCUUAGUAUUUUCAUGACUUUCAUAUGAAUAUAG